AUGGCAUUUGGCACAAGUACCCGAGUGAAGUUCAGUUUUGACAGUUGUAAUGUAACAGUGGUCAUCCUAGUUUUUUAUACCUCCUUGCAUUUUGAUACCAAAAUAUUAGAUAUUCGUAAAGUGGUAUUACGUGAACAAGAUGAAAAUGAGAGCCCACGCAUAUCGGGAAAGGUGGAAUGCGACCCGCUAGCGACGAGUGAUAUGUCAACACGCAGCUCAGCAUCAUCAUUCCGCGCGCGACGCGGCCACAAAGAACGCUCCAAGAACUUCACCGAACUGGAGAAGAGAACGGUGCUCGAGCUGAUAGCACGCCACCGCGAUGUGCUGCGCCAGGGCAGGUCCAACAACGCCACCAACAGAAGUAAACAGUUGGUGUGGUCAACAAUAUGUGAGGAGGUGAACAAACGCUGCGGCGGAGACCGCCCCCGCACCCCUGCGCAGGUCAAAAUGUGGUACGAGAACUAUAAGAAAAAGUGCAAGAUGCGCGCCCACGAUACACAGCAAGUGCAGCCAGAGCCGCCCAGCUUGUUGGACGGCAUGCUCUGGCAGAACAUACACCCACUCGAUGUCAAAGAUGAAGAAGGGGAUCCUACCACGAGCGCGGACGGUGGCCACAGCGUGAAGGAUGAUGACUGUGUACCUGUCAACAUGUCGAACGGUCGAUUAUCUAGUACGAACGAAAGCGAAGACACGAUGCCUAACGUCCUAGAACCCCAAGUUCAAAUCAUACCCCAAUCAUCCCCUACCCCACCGCCCCACAAACUACCCCUAACCCCCUUACCCAUGCCAGCCCUCCCCAUACUAACCAACCCCCUCCAAGCUAUCGAACAAGCUAGGAUACAGCAAAAUUUCCUACAAAAAUUAAACGAAUUAUCAAAUACUCCCUUAAAUUUGAGCAAUUUAGAUGAGAUUAAACGAAAAAAUGGACACGAUAGGAGUCAGGAGAAGACAGAGGAGCAGAUCAAGCAUGACAGCGGUACAGCGACGGAAGAAGAGAGAUUAUAUUUUACUGCGAAGAGACAGCACGCCAUAUGGGAACACGAAGCGAAGAUGAAGAUCCUCAACAUGGAGCUGCGGCAGAAAGAGGAGAUAUUUUCUUUGCAGAAACAACUGUUUCUGAUAGAACUGAAAUUGAAAAUGGACUUCUUAGAGAAAGCUAGCGCUAAAUGA